CUCGCUCGCCCCUCUCUCCUUUCUCACCAUUUUCCCCUCUUCUCGUGCUCUCCCUUCAUCUCACACUGAUUCUAUACGGGCUGCCGGCUCCUUGUCAAUCUUCCUUUCUUUCAUCCCUUCUCUUGAUAUCGGAACGAUCAUACCCAACAUCAUUCCCUCCGUCCAAACACUAGUAUUCUCAGUGUUGAAGCCAACAUCGACACCUAGGUUAUUUGGCACAAGUCCAUCACUCAGCACCACAAGCGAGGCCCAUUAGCUACCAAGACUCAUCCGCCCACUUGAUCUUGCUCCAUCCUCCUGCCCGCCUCCAGACCGAAAUCGAUUCAGAAACACGCCAUCAUCUCAUUUGAUACCUGCCAAACGCUGUCCUCGACAACACUCCGAUCAGGGAAUCAUGCCCCCAGUCGACCAUGCUAGUAGGCUUCUGGUUGCCUUGGUCGCAGCAGCCGUCAUAGUCCAUAACACCACUGUGUCUGAUGGGUUACAGGAGGCGGUAGGAUGGGUGAACAAUCCGCCACAAAGGGGGACACUGAUGCUCCUCCUUGAGUGUCUUACGACCAUCUUUGCUUGUACUUGGACCGUCCUACAUCUCAACGUCCCUGCCCCUACGGACUCAAAAACGACUCGGUUUCUGCGCAAACUCAAAUGGAUGACCAGUACCAUCCUGUUCCCGGAAUUCAUUCUUGCCAAAGCUAUAUGCGAAUUUUGCUUCGCGCUUCACAUACUUCAUCUGAUGGCUGAGAUGAUGGAGAGUCACCCAGAAUGGUUUGAAUCGAGUUCAACCUAUACGUGUCCAAAGUCGCAUGAACACAUAGUUACCAGGAGAUGGAAAGCCGCCUACGGUCCGUGGAUGCAACUGCUACAUAAAUGGGUUGUUCUGACCCUUUGGCUUCCAAACAUUGCGGAAAACAACGCAGAGGAAAACAAUAACAAUGAUUCACCGGCAAGGAGAUCUUCAACCUCGAGUACGACCAGAGUAGAGGUUUCAACACUCCAAUAUUGUCCCGAAGAUGCCGGCAUCCCUAUGACUGAACGAAACGGAAGACAAGAGUACGAAGAAGUCCAAUAUUGGACCAUCAUCCACGCUUACUACGCCAACAUGGGGGGAUUAAGAGGGCUGAGGUUCACAACGAAUGAUGCCUUGGAAUAUUCGAUCUUACGAGGCGAUCAUCUUGCCACUUGGGAUUUGCGCAACUGGCGGCAAGGCCAUCCACUCCAGGAGCUUCGACUCUCGGCGGCCGAAAUUGACGACAAAAUGUCACCCCUCAUUCCACUGGCCUUCACCUAUUUUUUGAGUCGUCACGGCACUCGUCGUCUCUCCCGUCACCAGGUCGAAGCCGGGAAAGAGACUUUGAACAAGCUUUUGCGGCUCCAAAGGCUGUCUGAAGCUUGGGUACGGCUUUUGCAUUCUAACAUCAACGACCCAAAUUGGAGACCUGUAUUCGGAGAUGACAACUACGAAGACACGCGAAGAAAGAUAACCGAACACGUGACGCGCUUGCUGGAACUCAGGACUCUCCUGUUCAACUUGGAAAACCAGAAGAAUCGUCAGGCGAAUCUGCUGGAAAACAUCUGGAAUUGUAUGUUGCAGCUCAAAGCCACCUACGAGUCCCUGGACGGGAAAACAUGGGACCAAUACGAAGAGCAGGUCUCAGUCGUUGCCCGAGCGAUAGGGAUGACAGGCUUGGAAGACCACGAACCUAGGGUUCUCAAGACACUCCACGAUUGUUUCCUAGAGGUGUCUCUCGACAAAUGGAGUCACCGCAGCCAAUACCAGAGGUCGAAAAGGCGUCUUGAGUCGGGAAUUGGCAGAUAUGCGAGAUAUAUCAACAUCUUUUUCGGCACCAUCUACGCGGUCGCUCGGGUCGUCCUGGUGGCCCUCAUGUUCUCCAGCCUACGGGCCGUGCCAAAGGGCGUUUAUGAGGUUGCCGGUUGGACCCGGUUCCUGCCCAGCUUUUCUUGAUGGAGCUGGGUGAUCCGCUCAUCGCUACGGCGAUUUAUCGAGCGUCGACGAAGGCUAGGUUGAGAGUAAGGCGAUGGAUUGGAUAGCAGAGAAAGAAGUGACUCAGAAGCCAUAUGAGAUGGGAGCACCAGACCGGAGAUGGCGGCACAUGCGAAGUCCAGGCAGAACUCACGAUUUUGACGAAUGAUUCCUCUUGUUUUACAGUUUACGACACACAACUUCCUCUUCUAAAAUCAAGGCCUUGCAGG